CAUGUCCCACAAUGCAAAGCUCAAUGUUGACACGCAACAAUGGCGGCUUCCGAUGUAAGCGUGGAAAGUGUAAGAGGACUGUUAAACGAGAGGUUAACAAAUCUGGGAUUUGAAGUUUACCCGUUAAAGAUUGGCUGGUACAACUCUGUGCUACCUCCCACCCUGCACCUGUCGUAUCCAGAUGACACCCUGGCUGUGGUGGUGCUCAGCACUCCCGCCAUGUUUGAAGAGGCCUUUCUGCCUUUCCUGGAGCAGAGGUGCUACCAGGGGCUUAAUGACCCCAUAGACCAAUGUGUUAGACAAUGCAUCACCUCUGCUGUCUCUCAGUGUUUUCCAGGAGAGAAGGUGGAUGUGAGGUACGACUAUGAACUACUGCCCAGCAGGAAGCCCAAGUUCUUGGCCCAGACUGCAGCUCACGUAUCAGGAGCAGCUUUUUACUACCAAAAGGCUGAUGUGACGGAGCAGCCCUGGGCUGAAAAAAAAAUGUUUGGAGUGUGUGUGCAUCCGCGGUUUGGGGGCUGGUUUGCCAUCCGAGCUCUGUUGGUGUUUGGAGAUGUCACAGUGGGCUCUGAGCUGGUGCAGCCUGUUCCUCCUGACUGUGUGCCAUCCAGAGAGGGCAGGAUAAAGCUGCUAGAGGCUUUUAACUUUCGCUGGCAGGAUUGGAGCUACCGUGACAUUAUCAGUCCAAUCCAGACCUACUCUCAGAAACAGAGGGACUAUUUCUCCACCCCCCCUGCUAAGCGUUUGGCUCUGCUCAGGGCUUGGGGCUAUCUGCCAAGUGACAAUAAUCAACCUGAGCCCACCUCGGACACACAGAGUCAAGAAAUUGGACAUGGGUGAAUUGUGGAAGCACCGCCUGUCCUUUCUGAAUGCACACCUCUGCUGUAUUUCCAGAAUUUAAAUUAAGUCUUGGUUGAAGACCCUUUAAUCAAACAGCUUCUUAUUGAGACCAAAGCUGGGAUUUUAAUUUAAGCUCGACUUUUUGGUGGAAGCUUCUUUUUCAGGGUUGAAUAUGUGUUUGAUUCUUUGUUUUGUUUUUUUCUUGAAAGUUUAACACUACUGAAAAUAUCAGUAACAUAUCAGGUUCCUCUUUCUCUUGUAUUAUUAGGUAAUAGCUGAUAUUAUUGAGUGGAUUUUUGCUGAGUAGUAUUCUGUUCAGGAAAGCAGAAUUUACAGUCUGAGUCUGAUGUGCUUUUGCAAAGUAAUGCACUUUAGUUUUUGUUGUAUCCUAUCGGAAAAUAGAGAAUGUGAGUGUCCAAGUAGCAACAGGAAGGUUUUGCUUCACAUUUUGAAUGACUCGAGUUCAAAAUUGAGUUAAGCCAUGUGUCAUCAGCAUGUUUAAUCUGCAUGCAAGUGCCUUGAUUAAAAAAAACACUAUUGUUUUUCUGUAAAA